CAUUGUAAAAAAGUCAACAAAAUUUCUCUCAAAGCAGACGGAAGAUCAGAGAAGAACCGCACGUUGUCAAGCUCCAACUUUUGUCGAACGACCGCCGCUUGCGAAACCGUUAGUUGAUGCGCGGUGCUUAUCUUGAGUAACUUGCAAAUCUCAGGUCGCGAGUGAGCGAAUGUUCUGGCACCACGACCUUGCGGCUCUGCUGACACCUGGGCUGCUGCUGAUCGAGCGCUGUUGAACCCUAAUUCUCGUUCCGUUUCCUUCCAAUCUCAGACCUCUUCCAUCAAUGUCGUGGUUAAAAUCCGCAGUCAAUAAGGCCGUCGAAGUCAGCGGAAAACACAACCUCACCCGUACUGUCCGAAACUAUGCCGACAACGUCGUCCAUCAAGCCGGCCAGGCCGUUGCUGGCGGUGCUAAAAUUAUUCAGGAUCGUAUGGGUAUUAAAAAUUACAGAAGUUUUAAGCAAACAGUAAAACGAUUGGAAGAAGCAGCUGUUUCUUGUAGGGGCCAAGAUCGUGUUCAACUUUUGCGAAGAUGGUUGCUCGCUUUGAAAGAAACUGAACACAUUCGUGGAGGACCAACAGAUAUAAAGAGUUUAGAAGAGCCCCGAUCUCCAGAAGAAACCAAGAAGUUUUCAUCAAUGCUAUUUUUUGAUUCGGAUAUGGAUGGCGAGCCUAUGAAAUUCCGUGAUGUGUUUCUUCAUAGCCAAGCAUUAGAAGGCAUUACAUUGUCUAUGAUUUUAGAAGCACCGAAUGAAGAGGAAGUUUCUUUGCUUUUGGAAAUUUUUGGACUCUGUUUUACAGGAGGGAAGGAAGUUCAUAAUGCAAUUAUUAGUAGCAUACAAGAUUUGGCGAAAGCAUUCUCUUCAUACGAAGAUGAAGUAUUGGUAAAGAGGGAGGAACUACUUCAAUUUGCUCAAGGAGCGGUUUCAGGGCUCAAGUUAAAUGCUGAUAUUGCAAGGCUAGACGCUGAAGCAGCCAAACUUAGGCAAAGCAUUGAUGGGAUCAAAUCAUUACAAAUUUCUUCAAGUGAAAGUAAUGACAAAACAGCAGAAAAGAUGACCCUUUUGACAAUGGAGGCCCUCAAAGGCACACUGGCAGAAGUUCGGCUAUGUUUCAGAAUUGAGGCCUUGCUUCUAAAGAAGAAAACCAUAAAUCCUGGAGAUUCACCUGAAAUCCAUUAUCAAAAGGUCGAUAAGCUCAAAGUUCUGGCUGAAUCCUUGGCCAACUCUUCCUCAAAGGCAGAAAAGCGUAUUUUAGAUAACAAGUAUCAAAAGGAAGAGGCGCUGAAUUUUCGUGCGUCUAAAGCUAAUGAAGUAUGUGAAACUGAAAAGGAAUUGAUUGCUGAAAUUGCUGUAUUGGAAAAGCAAAGAGAUCAACUGGAGGCUGAACUGAAGAAGGUCAUGAUCUCCUUAAACGCUGCUAACUCACGACUUAAUAAGACCAGAGAGGAAAGAGACCAGUUUGAUGAAGCAAGCGAUAAAAUUGUUUUGCACUUGAAAGCAAAGGAAGAUGAACUGUCAAAAUCUGUUGUGGCAUGUAAAGUGGAAGCUGAUAUUGUCCAUACAUGGAUCAAUUUCUUGGAGGAUACUUGGAUUCUUCAGUCAUCAUACACUGAAAUGAAAGAGAAGCAAACCAAUGACGAGUUGGACAAGUGGGGCAGCUAUUUGUCGGAGUUGAUCAAAUUCCGGCUUUCAGCAUUGAAGGAUGAACUUCUGCCUUCUGUAAAUAAACUAGGGACGUUUAUUGACAACUUGAAGAGAUUCAAUGAAAGGUCAGAAAUGAUUACUGAUGCUAAUCAUGAAAUUUUAAAAGAGACAAACCCAAAGAAAUUUCUUGAGGAGGAAUAUUUGGAAGCCGAGAGGAAGAUAGUUACUGCCUUCAGUGUGGUUGAUCACAUGAAAGAAAUGUUUUAUGCAGACCAAAGAUACCAAUCCAGGAGAGAUGACCCUGAAAUCAAGGAAUUAUUCAACAAAAUUGAGAAAAUUAAAGUAGAUUUUAACUCUACUGAGAGGCCAAUACUAGAAAUUGAGGCUCUUGCAGAGCAGGCUGCACGCAAGGAGAAACAACAUAAUCCUUCUCUUGCUGCAGAGUUAAUUCCCUCACCCAAGUCUGCAAAUGAGUCUCCAAAAUCUGCAAAGUUCGCCCCAGACAAGUCCGCAAAAUUAAAAUCUUCGGGCAGGGAACUGCAAAAUGAUCCAGGAUCAGAGCUGGCUAAAUUUGAGGAGGAAUUUGGAAAUGUUGGGAUUGAUUUCUCCAGUGAAGAAGUUGGGGGUUGGGAAUUUGAUGAACUUGAAGAGGAACUACGAUCUGAAGCAAAGAAAUAGUAAAUUGUGUUCAGUUUUCAGCCAUGAAAUGAAGUCUGAUAAGAAGCUUUAUAAUUGAAAAAAAAAACAGAGUAUAAACUGUAGAAAUAUGUGAAUAUAUAUCUUCAAUGCGUCAUGUAUUUAAUGUACCGGUUCGGGAUGAUUUGUUUAUUUGUUGUAAGAUUUUCAUUCAAUUGAAAUUGUUUUG